AUGGAAUACGACGAGGCCACCCAGGCGGCCUGCUGGGUGCUUCUGCCAAACCUGGGCAGUCUGGCCGGCUUCUACAUCAUCAAGACCAGGCAUGACGAUGUUAUCAAGCGGUGUCAACUGGUACGCAAUUUUCCCGGAAGCACAAGCCAGGUUGCGCUAUGGGUGGUGUUCAACAGUGCCAUGGGCUAUGCCGCCUACUUGGUCUUUCGCAGCGGGGGCGGCUUGCAAGGUCCCGCUAGGCCUGCUCUAGCCGUGUUUGCCGCCGGACUCGGCUACAACUGGGCGUGGCCUCCUUUCUUCUACGCCAAGCAAAAGUUUGCCCUGGCCAUGGUGGACAUGAAUAUGCUGUGCGGCACAGUGGCGCUGCUGGCCUACUUCUACUCGCCCAUCAACGAGCAGGCGGCUAACAUCAUGCUGCCAUGCAUGGCCUGGACGCUCGCCAUGGCCACCUUCAACUGCCGCGUGUGGCGCUGGAGCAGGCGCCGACCCAGUGAAUGA